AAUGGCAACACCUUAACCUUCUUGUCCUUACGACCUCGGUGCGAGAUAAUGAGAAGAAGCCUGGCCCACACGGCACGGCAGCUUUCUCGCAGUGUGCAUGGACGACCAUUGAGUCAGUGCCGGGUGGCCGGCGCAAGGUGGUUGUCUUCAGAUGCCGGGCAUCAGUGGUCGACACCUCUGGCCAAACAACUGGCUGAAGCAAUCACGACCACUGGCCCGAUCCCGGUAGCCUCGUAUAUGCGCCAAUGCCUCACCUCCGACCUGGGCGGAUACUACACCUCCACUGCUCCCCUCGAUCGCGACCAGUUCGGGGCCAAGGGCGACUUUGUUACGUCUCCCGAAAUCAGCCAGGUCUUUGGGGAGCUGGUGGGCAUCUGGAUUGUGGCGGAAUGGAUUGCGCAAGGGCGAAAGAGCGAGGGCGUCUAUUUGAUGGAGAUGGGUCCGGGGAGAGGCACUCUUAUGGAUGAUGUAUUACGAACCAUUCACAACUUCCCGCCACUGGCGAAAGCCAUCGAGGCCGUGUACUUGGUGGAAGCGAGCGCGAGUCUGCGACAAGCCCAGCAUAAGCUUCUUUGCGGCGACAAUGCACUUCGAGAGACCGAGUUGGGGCACGAGAGCACCAGCAAACACUCCCCACAUCUCCGCAUCAUCUGGGCGGAGGACUUGCGAUUGGUGCCAAAGGAAGCGGACAAGAUGCCUUUCAUCGUCGCACACGAAUUCUUCGACGCCCUCCCCAUCCACAUCUUCCAGGCUCACCCCAAUCAAGCUCCAAACACCAUCCAAACCCCGACUGGGCCGAUCGAGGCUCGGCAAAGGAGCGCUCCAUCGAGUCAAUGGCGAGAGAUGCUCGUCUCCCCGAAACCACCCCAUCGCUUGAAGGAGGGAGAAGAGGAAUUCGAGCUUUCGUUGUCCAGAACCGCCACGCCGCAUUCCAUGUACCUCCCAGAGAUCUCGCCGCGGUACCAGCGGAUCAGAGACAUUCAAGACGCCACCAUCGAAAUCAGCCCCGAAAGUCAGUCGUACGUGCGUGAUCUCGCCAUCAGAUUAGGCGGCUCGAAUCCAGCGCCACCCUCGACCUCCAAAUCCAACGCCCUGCCAGGGCGGAAAGCAGCAACAUCAACAGCAGAGGAGCCUCUAAUCAAACCCGAGCCCUCGGGGGCCGCGCUCAUCAUCGACUACGGCCCCCCGGACACCAUCCCCGCCAACACCCUCCGCGGCAUCCAGGCCCACGCCCGUGUCUCCCCCUUCUCAUCCCCCGGCAUCGUCGACCUGAGCGCCGACGUCGACUUCCUCGCCCUCGCCGAGACGGCCAUCGAGUCCUCGCCCGGCGUCGAAGUGCACGGCCCGGCGUCGCAAGCGGCCUUCUUGACUGCAAUGGGGAUCGAGGAGCGUGCUGCACAGCUCAUCAAGCGGGCGUUGGAGAAGGAGAGGAGCGCUGGUGGGAAGAAGGGUGAAGUGACGGAGUUGGUCAAGAGGGUGGAGAGUGGGUGGAAGAGGCUGGUGGAUCGGGGGCCGCAGGGCAUGGGCAGGCUGUAUCAGGUCAUGGCCAUCCUGCCUCACACGCCGCCCAAGGAGGGCGAGCCACGGAGAAGACCGGUGGGAUUUGGAGGCGAUGUCAGCGUCUAAGACAAGAGUCAGGCAUGAUUGUGAAAGCGAGAG